GAAAGUGUGUCAGACUUUUUCUACACAGUAUAUUUUUGUUUUAGUGAACCCAACCAAGGGCCAAAGCAUCUUUAAGAACGACAUCUUCCGGGAAAGUACUCUUCCUGCAUGGUCAGAUUCUCAAGUGUAAUUAAGCUGUUUCCUUCCUUUUGUAUGUUCCUACUGCCCAGUGGGUCUUCCAAGACUGCCAGUGAUAUGAACUAAAGGGCUUCAGCAAAAAUAAAUGUGAUUGUUCAUAUGUCUGAAAAGUCUGGGGGGUGUCUACCAGGCAUAGCUGGAUUGAAGACCUUUCUCUAUGUGCUUACAGCUCCCGACUUGCCUUUUGAGCAUCACUGUCACCCCUGUUUGAGUCACAUAUCUGUCUUCAUACUAAACACAGUGUCGGGAGAUAGAAUACAUUUAUUGAUCUACCUGGACAUGUACACCCUGUCAUAGUUGGCAGCACAUCGGUGGUGGCAGGGACUUUCAGGAUGACACUGGGCAGAAACUAUGUUCCAACUUCCUGUCAACAAUCUUGGCAGUUUAAGAAAAGCCCGGAAAACUGUGAAAAAAAUACUUAGUGACAUUGGGUUGGAAUACUGUAAAGAACAUAUAGAAGAUUUUAAACAGUUUGAACCUAAUGACUUUUAUUUGAAAAACACUACAUGGGAGGAUGUAGGACUGUGGGACCCUUCACUUACAAAAAACCAGGACUACCGGACAAAACCUUUCUGCUGCAGCGCAUGUCCGUUUUCUUCCAAAUUCUUCUCUGCCUACAAAAGUCAUUUCCGGAAUGUCCAUAGUGAAGACUUUGAAAAUAGGAUCCUUCUUAAUUGCCCUUACUGUACCUUCAAUGCAGACAAAAAGACUUUGGAAACACACAUUAAAAUAUUUCAUGCUCCAAAUGCCAGCGCGCCAAGUAGCAGCCUCAGCACUUUCAAAGAUAAAAACAAAAACGAUGGCCUUAAACCUAAGCAGGCUGACAGUGUAGAGCAAGCUGUUUAUUACUGUAAGAAGUGCACUUACCGAGAUCCUCUGUAUGAAAUAGUUAGGAAGCACAUUUACAGGGAACAUUUUCAACACGUGGCAGCACCUUACAUAGCAAAGGCAGGUGAAAAGUCACUCAACGGUGCAGUUCCCUUAGGCUCAAACGCCCGGGAAGAGUGCAGUAUUCACUGCAAGCGAUGCCUUUUCAUGCCGAAGUCUUAUGAAGCUUUGGUGCAACACGUCAUCGAAGACCACGAGCGCAUAGGCUAUCAGGUCACUGCCAUGAUUGGGCACACAAACGUGGUAGUGCCGCGGUCCAAACCCUUGAUGCUGAUUGCUCCCAAACCUCAAGAGAAGAAGGGCAUGGGACUUCCUCCAAGAAUUAGUUCCCUUGCUUCUGGAAAUGUCCGCGCUUUGCCAUCACAACAGAUGGUAAAUCGACUCUCAAUACCAAAGCCUAACUUAAAUUCCACAGGAGUCAACAUGAUGUCCAAUGUUCAUCUACAGCAGAACAACUAUGGAGUCAAAGCAGUAGGCCAGGGGGGCAGCUAUGGCGUAGGCCAGUCAAUGAGGCUGGGCCUGGGUGGCAAUGCCCCCGUUUCCAUUCCUCAGCAGUCUCAGUCUGUGAAGCAGUUACUUCCCAGUGGAAAUGGAAGGUCUUACGGGCUUGGGUCAGAGCAGAGGUCCCAGGCUCCAGCCAGAUACUCCCUUCAGUCUGCUAACACUUCUUCUCUCUCGUCAGGCCAGUUAAAAUCUCCUGCCCUCUCCCAGCCACAGGCACCCCGAGUGUUAGGUCAGUCCAGUUCCAAACCUCCUGCAGCUGCCACAGGCCCGCCCCCAGCCAAUACUUCCUCCACCCAGAAAUGGAAAAUAUGUACGAUCUGCAAUGAGCUUUUUCCUGAAAACGUCUAUAGUGUGCACUUCGAAAAGGAGCAUAAAGCUGAGAAGGUCCCGGCAGUAGCCAACUACAUUAUGAAAAUACACAAUUUUACUAGCAAAUGCCUCUACUGUAAUCGCUAUUUACCCACAGAUACCCUGCUCAACCACAUGCUAAUUCACGGUCUGUCCUGUCCAUACUGCCGUUCAACUUUCAACGAUGUGGAAAAGAUGGCGGCGCACAUGCGAAUGGUGCAUGUUGAUGAAGAGAUGGGGCCUAAGACGGAUUCCACUUUGAGUUUUGAUUUGACAUUGCAGCAGGGCAGUCACACUAACAUCCAUCUCCUUGUAACCACGUACAACCUGAGAGAUGCCCCGGCUGAAUCUGUCGCUUACCAUGCCCAGAAUACUCCUCCUGUCCCUCCCAAGCCACAGCCGAAAGUCCAGGAAAAGGCAGACGUGCCUGUCAAAAGUUCACCUCAAGCGGCAGUGCCCUAUAAAAAAGAUGUGGGAAAAACCCUCUGCCCGCUCUGCUUCUCCAUUCUGAAAGGACCCAUAUCAGACGCACUUGCGCAUCAUCUACGAGAGAGACACCAGGUCAUUCAAACCGUUCAUCCGGUGGAGAAAAAGCUCACCUACAAGUGCAUCCAUUGCCUCGGUGUGUACACCAGCAACAUGACCGCCUCUACCAUUACACUGCAUCUGGUCCACUGCAGGGGUGUGGGAAAGACCCAGAAUGGCCAGGAUAAGACCAACGCUCCCUCUCGCCUGAAUCAGUCUCCCGGCCUGGCCCCUGUGAAGCGCACGUACGAGCAAAUGGAGUUUCCCCUGCUGAAGAAGCGCAAGCUCGAGGAGGACGCGGACGCGCCUACCUUCUUCGAGGAGAAGCCUGAAGACCCUGUCGUCCUAGCGUUGGACCCGAAGGGCCACGAAGAUGACUCCUACGAAGCCCGGAAAAGCUUCCUCACCAAGUAUUUCAACAAGCAGCCCUAUCCCACCAGGAGAGAAAUUGAGAAGCUGGCGGCCAGCCUGUGGUUGUGGAAGAGUGACAUCGCUUCCCAUUUCAGCAACAAAAGGAAGAAAUGUGUCCGCGAUUGUGAAAAGUACAAGCCGGGUGUGUUGCUGGGCUUUAACAUGAAAGAAUUAAAUAAGGUCAAGCACGAGAUGGAUUUUGAUGCCGAGUGGCUGUUUGAAAACCAUGAUGAGAAGGAUUCCAGGGUCAAUGCUAGUAAGACAGCUGACAAAAAACUCACCCUGGGGAAGGAAGAGGACAGCUCCUCAGACAGUUUUGAAAAUUUGGAAGAAGAGUCCAAUGCUAGUGGUAGCCCCUUUGACCCUGUGUAUGAAGUUGAGCCUAAACUCCCUCCUGACAAUCCAGAGGAACACAUAGCAAAGGCGAGUCCCGAGGAUGCUUUAGAAGCUGAAGAGAAGCUAGACCAAAAAGAGGAGGAGAGUUCCAAAUACGAAACUAUUCAUUUGACUGAGGAGACGCCCAAACUGAUGCCUGGUUCUUCCGACAGCGAGGUUGAUCAAGAGGAUGUUGUUGAGUGGAAGGACGGAGCUUCUCCCUCUGAAAGCGGGCCAGGCUCCCAACAGGUGUCUGACUUUGAGGACAACGCAUGUGAAAUGAAGCCAGGUACCUGGUCUGAUGAGUCUUCCCAGAGUGAAGACACAAGGAGCAGUAAGCCAGCUGCCCCCCAAAAGGCGGCUGUGCAAGGUGACCGAGAUCAGUUGAAAUGGAAGAAUAGUUCCUAUGGAAAAGUUGAAGGGUUUUGGUCAAAGGACCAGUCACAGUGGAAAAACGCACCUGAAAAUGAUGAGCGCUUGCCCAACCCACAGAUUGAGUGGCAGAAUAGCACAAUUGACAGUGAGGACGGAGAGCAGUUUGACAACAUGGCAGACGGGGUAGCCGAGCCCAUGCACGGCAGCUUAGCCGGAGUCAAACUGAGCAGCCAGCAGGCCUAGGUGCCCGGUGCCCCAGUGUCGGCUGCUGCCGCCACCACCUGGAACUCAGUUCCCCCUCCUGACUGACUGCAAAGCUCUCUUCUAACUGGUACUGCCCUCUGAGUGCUGGGUCACAAGGCUGGUGUGGACAUGUGGCCGUGGCAGUCCCAGUGGUUAUUUCUGAGUAUAUGACACACGGUUGGCUGAGACUGCUUCGGAGCCUGCUGUGACAGUGACUGAAUGUGAAAAGCCAGUGUGCUGGUGACUCACGUGAAUACACACGAGGAAAAGCCCAGGUGUAGCUCACCUACCUUUUCACCCUUCUUUCCCGAUGUAAGUGUUUGGGUGGAUGUCUGUAAGGAGGAGCGGUCACCCUGACUCGCACGGUAGUGUAGGGCCAACAUACAAGCUACCAGCUCAAUGUGUACAGUAGACUUUGGGGGAAAUUUAAAAAAAAAAAAUUCUUUUUUUCAUGUAUUCAUUCUGAAUAGUUGAAAUGUAUAUAUUUGUACAGACUUUUAGACCUAUUCAAGUGAUGCUUAUGAUAUUGUUAUUGUGUACCCACCAUAGGUUUGUUUUCCUUUUUUUAGUGCUGCCCUUGCUGUGUAAUAAACGCUCUUACCUAGUUUACCUAGCAGAAGCUUGAAACUACGCUAGUAUGGACUUUUGGACAGACUUAGUUUUUGCACAUAACCUUGUACAAUCUUGCAACAGAGGCCAGCCACAUAAAGUAUAUACCUGGACUCUCUUGUAUUAUAGAAUUUUUCUUGUUCUAAAUACCCUUGACAUUACAGCUGACAAAAAAACAAACACACAAAGACUGGUAUUUCGGAUGUUUUUCUGAAAUCUUUUAAGCUAAAAAUCACAUGCCAGAAUUGACUUUGCAGCUACUAAUUUUGACACCUUUUAGACCUGUAUAAAAAGUGUGUUGUGUUAAAAGCAGCAAACCAAUGAGUGCUGCCAUUUGGAUAUUUCGUUUUCUCUUGAGUUCAACACCACCCUGUGUCUCCAUUUAUACCAUCUAAUACAUGACACGGUUGUAGUAUGUAUACUUGUGUGGCCUUUAUUUCCCUUUGUAUUAAUUUUACGCAUCUAAAUAAAUUGCUGUAUUGUGCUUCAUGUAAA